UUCAACCUGUCCGAGAUAAAUAAUUUAGGAUGUAAGUUGCAAGGUGAAUCCGCCGGCCUUAUGAGGAGAGUUAACAUGCCAAAACAAUAGGAUAUGCUUUACACUUUCAACAUUGUGGUUACCAGUCACGGUAGACACAGUGGCUGCUAUCAUCGUCACUGAUAGAGAUGUCUGUUCUGUCAUACUGCCUGGUCAGUUCAACAAAGAUCAGCCGUGUGAUAAGUGCUUCCAUAGGAAAGAGAAGCAGUCCAUUUUUAAUAUGGAAGAAAGAAUUAGCAGCUUUAGGAUCAACUCAUAUUGACAGGCAUGGAGUUUUCACAGUUCCAAAGCGAACUUUGAUCAAAAAGAGACAGUUAAUCGGUAGCUCAGGGAGUUCCCACAUGAAGCCUGAUUAUAAAAAGGACAAAAUAGGACCAGAAUUUGAAUUUAUCUACUGUAGUAGCAAUAUACAACUUUAUUUUUGGUGGACACCCGUGAUAUUUAUACUAAUUAUCUCAGUUUUAGCAUUGUGCGGGAAAAUUGUUGUUGAUAAGUUCUGGUACGGAAAAGAAUUAGAAAACGUUGAAGUCACUCGGAUUAAGUGGAUUGACACCAUAGACCCAAUGGACUCGGCUAUCACUGCAUCACUUUUAAUGUUGGGGAUUCUGAUUAGUGUUCUUCGCUAUCUUGGAACAGUAAUUGUGCGACUGUAUUAUAAUAAGUCAACCAAUGAGUUUGUAGCGGUAAUGUUAAAGUACGGAGUAUAUCGAAAGAAAGUGUAUUUCAAACCGAGUGAUGUAGUAAGGAUAGAAAAGCGUCAGUUGAAGGGCAAUGUGAAGAUCAAGGGGAUACCUGUAACUGUUUCGGAACAAAACUUCACCAGUACCCCUGCCUAUAAUUUAUUCAUGGGUUACAGUGCAUCAAGGCCAAGUGUACUUAAAGACCAACUAGAUAAAGAAGACCUUGCCAAAACAUUGGAAACUAUUAAGGAAGUGAUGGAAAAGCAGCGUAAAGAGGAAUUUUUAGAAAAAUAUAAGGAAAAAAGAAAACAAAGACAGCGGAAAAAUAGAUGAUUUUUUUUUUAAGUACAUGUUUUGCUUUUAUUGAGGAAGAUAUAUAGUCUGGCCUGUGAUGGGACUGUACACAGAGGUCAGUAUCAAACACUUUGGGAGGAAAUAUACCCUCAUCAAUACUUGCUGUAGAUACCACCUGUAUCAAGCAGCCCAUCGCUUCCUUUAAUCAGUCAGUCGGCUGAUUUCCCAAAUUGACACUUUGUUCUAAUUAUUAGCUGACUUCAGCAGCCAUCUGCCUUAAACUACACUGUUUCUCUCCCUUAGUUGAUGGCUUAAUACAGAUUUGAAUGUUAUAAUGUACAAUGUAUGUUGUUUUCCUCCAAAAGAGUUUGAUAUGGACCUUCUGUAGCAGUAUGGGGGUGAGCCUGAGAUGAAAAGAGUUUAAAUUUAGUGAAUGUUAAAGUUUUGAACAAAGAACAAAUGAUUUCUUAUUUAACUGAAAUGCUUGAUUUUUAGCUUGACUAUUUGAUUUUUUUUUUCAAAUAGUAUUUAAGUAAGGCUUUUGUAAUCGCCCUUUCAUCUGUGUCACGAAAGUUAAGGUUAAAGUUUUGCAUGUAAGUAGGUUUCUCAGAAAUUACUUGGUCAAAUGCUUUCAAACUUAAAACUUGUCUUUGGCGUCAUGAGAUGACCUCAUGUGGCAAGUUACAUUAUUACAGCAUUUAUUUUGUCAAAAUUAUGCCUCUUUUCAACAUAGAACAUUUGUGACAGUUUUGCAUGUAAGCAUGUUUCGCAGGAUUCCUGUGGCAGGAAUAACUUAAGCAAAUGUUUUUAUGAUUCUCCACACAUCUUUAGCAUCAUGGGUUGAUCUUACAUGGCAAGUUUCAUAACUCUGGCUUACAUUUAAGCAAAAUUAUGACCCUUUUUCUACCUGGAAAUUUUUGCAAAAGCUUUUGUAUGUAAGCUUGUGUUAGGCAAAGAUUUCAAAUAGUCAAUGCUGAAUAGACUUGUUUUGUUGGACAGUGUCUAAAGAAUACUUAUAAAUUCUCCCUGAACAAAAUCACCACUUUAGAUUUAUUUCAGAUAAUAAUUUUCAAUUCAUUGCAUAUAGAAAUAGAUUAUUAUAACCAUAAAAAUAUUCAUUUAUCAAUAUCAAAGAGAGGAUUUUCUUGCAUACCAGAUGGGGAUUUCCGGUAUUUUUACCGGUGCUGGAAAAAUCCUUCUUGCACACCAGACUGGCGUUUCCAAUGAUUUUACCCAUGUCGGCAAAGCCCAUCUGGCACCCCCUAUGCCAGAUGACUCUCGUGCUGUUAAUGACAACUAGUGGUUGAUGCACUGAUAAUAUAUCAUUUAUGUAAAAAUACGAAACAAAGGAGGCACCUUGAUAGUUUCUCUCCGUACCUUGUAGUAUAUUUCUCGAUUCAAAAUACGUUGGUUUACCAUAAGAAUAUAACGUUACGCUACAAACGAUAAAACUUAAGUGGAACUUUGUUAUUGUGCGCAACGCAAAACCUCAUGACGUUAUUUCUGCUUACGGACGUUAAUUUCCCUUUGUGUUCAUUCUCUACUAUAAGAAAGAGUGCUACAUUAGUAUUUCUACCUGUUAUUUGAAAAAGUACGGUAUGCAAGAAAAAUAAUCUGCCAGAAUUAAAUGCUAACAUGUAUUCGAUAUGCAAGAAAAAAUAUCAGUCAUGUGUUUACAUGACGUUAUUUCUGCUUACGGACGUUAAUUUCCCUUUGUGUUCAUUCUCUACUAUAAGAAAGAGUGCUACAUUAGUAUUUCUACCUGUUAUUUGAAAAAGUACGGUAUGCAAGAAAAAUAAUCUGCCAGAAUUAAAUGCUAACAUGUAUUCGAUAUGCAAGAAAAAAUAUCAGUCAUGUGUUUACGAAUCGGAUAGAAAUAUCCGUCCCUCGGCCACCUGCGCAUGGGCGGUAAUUCGGCAAGCCUCAUUACUGCCCAAUGCGCAGGUGCCCUCGGGACGGCUAUUUCUAUCCGAUUCGUAAACACAUGACAGAUAUUUAUUAGCUCACCUGUCACAUAGUGACAAGGUGAGCUUUUGUGAUCAGUCUUCGUCCGUCGUCUGUGCGUGCGUCCGUCAACAAUUUCUUGUCUGCGUGAUAGUGGUUUCAUUUAUGAUUUUAUUUUAACCAAACUUGCACAUAACUUGUAUCACCAUAAGAUCUCGGUUCCUUUCUUGAACUGGUCAGAUCCCAUUAUGGGUUCCAGAGUUAUGGCCCCUGAAAGGGCCAAAAUUAGCUAUUUUGACCUUGUCUGCACAAUAGCAGCUUUAUUUAUGAUUUGAUUUUAACCAAACUUGCACACAACUUGUAUCACCAUAAGAUCUUGGUUCCUUGUUUGAACUGGCCAGAUUCCUUUAUGGGUUCCAGAGUUAUGGCCCCUGAAAGGGCCAGAAUUAGCUAUUUUGACCUUGUCUGCACUAUAGCAACUUCAUUUAUGAUUUUAUUUUAACCAAACUUGCACACAACUUGUAUCACCAUAAGAUCUUGGUUCCUUUCUUGAACUGGCGAGAUUCCAUUAUGGGUUCCAAAGUUAUGGCCCCUGAUACGGCCAGAAUUAGCUUUUUUGACCUUGUCUGCACAACAGCAGCUUCAUUUAUGAUUUGAAUUUAAGCAAACUUGCAAAAACUUGUGUCACCAUAAGAUCUCGGUUCCUUACUUGAACCGGGUAGAUCCCUCAAUGGGUUCCAGAGUUAUGGCCCCUAAAAGGGCCAAAAUUAGGUAUUUUGACCUUGUCUGCACAAUAGCAGCUUCAUUUAUGAUUUGAUUUUAACCAAACUUACACACAAGAUCACCACAAGAUCUUACUUCCUUUCUUGAACUGGCGAGAUUCCAUCAUGGGUUCCAGAGUUAUGGCCCCUUAAAGGUCCAAAAUUGGCUAUUUUGGCUUUUGCAGCCAUAUAGAGACUUCAUUUAUGGUUUAAAUUUGAUACAAACUUCCAAAAUAUCUUCAACAACAAUAAAUCUUGGAUUCCAUGACAAAUCAGAUCCAAUCAUAGGUUCCAGAGUUAUUUUAUAUCUGAUUACCUCCCCUGAUUGUAAUCAAAAUGGAUUUAUAUCAGUAAGUACUUAUAGGACUUAUUUGAAAUUUCAUUAUUUUUAUUAGUUGGACUGAGACAAUCAGCAUAGAUAACUAUGGACUGGUUUUAUGUCAAAUUACCUCCCUUUAUUUCAAAUUAAAAUGGGUAUAUCUCCAUAACUAAUGAAGAUACUGAUCUGAAAUUUCAUUUAUGUCAACAGAUUUAUUUGGCAGAUCCUUCUUUUGUUCACUUACAAUAUUUUUUUUUUAAUUACUUCCCUUUUACGUUACUAUAAAUAGCUUAUUUUUAGUAACUUUUUUAUUAUUGGCCAUAGGGAAAAACCGAGACCACUUUUUUGUGGUACAACAUGGAUGGUACCUCCAAUUUUUAGGUGUAUUUUGACAUAUCUAUACCUUGUAAUAAUUUUUUUUUCUUUUUGGUUAAAUUUCUUCCCUUUGUUGUUUCUGUUCUUUCGACUUUGAUAUUUUUCUGAGGACCUUCUUUCCUCAAGUGCAAUGAUAACAGGUGAGCAAUAUAGGGCCAUCAUGGCCCUCUUGUUAAUCUUACACCCCAGGGUGUAAGAUGACUCUCAUGCUUUAAAUGACAUAUUAAGAACUACAUAUAUGUAGAAGAUUUAUGUAGUUAUUUAUAUUUAUGUUCCUGAUAGUAUAAAUUUUCUUGAUUCAAAACACGUUAUUUUAUCAAAAAUUCAUAACGUUACACUGCAACUGAUAAAACAAAACCGGAACUAAACAUUGUUAUUUGUCUUUGAAACGUCAUGACGUCUUUCCUGUUUACGGACGUUGCUUUCCCGUGCUUUGUUUAAAUACGCUGCUAUAAGAAAUAGUUCUAAAAAAAAAAGCCAUUUGAUUGAUUUUAUUUUUAUUAUUAUUUCUUGAUAUCGGUAUGCAAGUAAAAGAUUCUGUCACUGAUUAUAGGUGCAGAUGGGAAUAUCCGGCUCUCGGGUAACUGUUUAGGCGGUAACAAGGCUCCAACCGUAACAGUUACCCUCGAGGCUGGAAAUUCCCAUCUGCACCUACAAACCAGUGAAAGAAUCUUAUAUGGUCUUACAUUUGUCUAGAGAUGUUGGAGAACGUUUGAUAGUUAAGCUUCAUUGGACCAGGUACACAAGAUCAGCAACAGUGGCAGAUAUACUUAAGUCAUACUGUACAGAAUAUAUAUCCUAUUUGUUUUGAGUUUAGAAAAUAAAGAUAGAUUUUCA